GACCAAGAUAUAGUUGAGUUUGACGAGAGACUCCACUGCUAUAAAUGCAAGAGAGGAUUGUGCAGUUCAAAACAUCACUUACAUUCCAGAGAUAACCCAAAGACUACUGACAGAGAUUCUCUAAUUAUCAACAAAAACACCAUAAUCGAAUUAUUUGGUAACCCUCAAAAAAUCCUUCUGAGUGUUACACUAGUUGACGGAGAUUUGCAAGACCUUCCUGAAGUUACCAUGACUCGGAGUAGAGUUGACAGAGAACAAAUACUGGAUCGUAACAGUUUGGUGAUUACUCGCUCUUUGGAGUGCAUCAUUUGCUUGGAAUAUUUGGUAGGUGAUAUCUACACUUGUGCAUCGGGUCAUCUUAUGUGUCAACAGUGCAAGCAGAAUCACAGAGACUGCCCUCUCUGCAAAGUUAGGCUAGGGGAGGCAAAGUGUCUACUUGCAAAAAGUUUUUCAAAGGACAUCCAGCUUGUUUGUCAGACUGAAGGAUGCAAUUUCAUUGGUAACCUGGAGAGGUUGGCUUUGCACGAAAAAAACUGCCCUGAUCUAUCAGGGAAACCUAAGGACGAAAAAAAAAUUAUGUAAAAAAGAAGAAGAAUGGAAAAAAUAAAUUGCUUUUAAGUUGGAUGCUUGACGAUAGUUUUCUCUUUUCCUCAAAUACAGAAGACUGAAGCAGGUGAUAAGCUUGUAUGUGAUAUUUAAAAGGACCUUUUAUAUGUGUAAUUGUUUUUAUUCGUUUACGUGAAGUUGACAAUAUUGUUGAUGGCAGAAUAAUUUAGCUUCUUGUUCUAAUAAUUAUUAUUUUCACAUCAUUUUUUUCACUACAGACAUUCAACAUCAUUGUGUUGCAAUAUUCAAAAAAAUUAUUUCAUAAAAACCUGCCCGAUUAUGUUUUUUUGUUAAAAAAUCAUUGUUUAUUCAAUGGUUUGUUAAUACAUCUAAGCUAUGAAAUUAAUGAUGAUAAAAAUAUAAAUAAUUCAUAACUGUAUUUAUCCAAAAGCUAACAUAAUAUCGGUGUACACAAAAAUUUUAAUUUUGAAGAAGCUAUACAUAAGCUGCCAUCCCAUACAAUGUAUUUUUUAGUAUGCAGUUUGAGUUCAAAUUGGCACUACCUUAUUUGUUCUUAUAAAUAACUUGAAAAUAAUAUGAAUUGAAAUCCAUUCAAGAAUGUUUUGCUCAGUAGUUUUUACUGUUAAAAUGAUCAACUUUUAUAUACAUUUAUUUUUAUUAAACCCGAAAAGAUUGGAAAUCUA